CCCCGCCUACUUAUGGAGAAUCCGUCGUGCUGAUUGGACAACGGCGGCGGUCUCUGAACGCCUUCUUGGCUUCUCAUUGGCCAGCCGCUGCCUUUCGCUCCAGGCUCUCGCGGGGCUGCUGUGCGAAGAUGGCGGCCGAACUGGUAGAAGCGAUGAACAUGGUGAAGAGUUUCCGGGUGUCUGAUCUGCAGACGCUGCUGGCCUCAAUGGGCCGCAGUAAAAGCGGAUUGAAGCAGGACUUAGUGGGAAGAGCUCUUAGGCUUGUGCAGACCGAAUACAGUCCGGAGCUGCUAAAGAACGUUCGACAGCUCUACGAGACGCGCUUCCCCAAAUCCUCGGCCUGGCUGGCGGCCCGGCGGCCUGAGUCCGUGCCCGUAAACUACCCUGCCCUUAACUCCUCGCCCAGAGGCACAGCCCAGGGCACAGACUACCUCAACAACAUCCCCAAGCCAGUGCCGCCUCCUGCAGCAGAAGUCAAAUUGGUGCCGCUGCCAUUCUACCACAACCUAGAAACACUGCUGCCACCCACAGAACUGAUCGCUCAGAACAGCGAGAAGCUGCAAGAGAGUCAUUGCGUGUUUGAGUUGACACAAAGUCAAGUGGAACAGAUCCGGAACUCCAGUGAACUUCGCCCAGGAAUGAAAUCAGUUCAAGUGGUUCUCAGAAUCUGCUACACAGACUCUAUCGGCGUUCAGGAGGACCAGUAUCCUCCCAAUAUUGCUGUGAAAGUGAAUCAGUCCUACUGUCAUGUACCGGGUUACUAUCCCUCCAAUAAACCGGGUGUUGAGCCACGUCGGCCCUGUCGACCCGUCAACAUCACGCCAUGGUUACACCUCUCCACUGCCACUAACAGAGUCACCAUCACAUGGGGCAACUUUGGAAAGCGGUACUCGGUGGCUGUGUACCUGGUGAGGGUGUUCACAUCUGGAGAGCUCUUCAACCAGCUGAAGCAUUGCUCAGUCGAGAGCGCCGAUCGUUGUCGCGAACGCAUUCAAGACAAGUUACGCUUUGAUCCUGAAAGUGAGAUUGCUACUACAGGACUGCGAGUGUCCCUCAUCUGUCCUCUGGUAAAGAUGAGACUUGGAGUGCCAUGUCGAGUGCUCACCUGCGCCCACCUGCAGUGUUUCGACGCUGUCUUCUUUCUGCAAAUGAACGAAAAGAAACCCACAUGGACCUGCCCUGUUUGCGACAAACCUGCGCCCUUUGAGCUUCUAACUAUUGAUGGGUUGCUGUCUGAGAUCCUUAAAGAGACGCCGGAGGAUGUGGAGGAGAUCGAGUAUUUGACUGAUGGCUCAUGGAGGCCAAUCAGGGACGACAAAGAGAAGGAAAGAGAGCGGGAAAACAGCCGCACACCUGACUAUCCUGUGGUGGAUAUAUGUGUUCCUGAGGCGAACGGCCACUCCCCAGCACACAGCGGCACAAACCAGACUGGCAAGCCUGGAUCAGGUGGUGCGUCGGCAGGAAACGGCAGCACCAGCGCCGGGUCGGGAGGCGGAGUCGUGGUGGAUCUGACUCUGGAUGACUCAUCAGAUGAAGAAGGAGGGGGCGGAGCUGAGGACAGCGAGGACACAGAUGACAGCCAGGACAGCCCCGCCCCUAAACGGGGCAGAUAUGAUUAUGACAAAGACCUGGUCACCGCAUACUGAGGCCGGCAGGACAAUAAGACUUGUUGGGGGGGUGGGAUGUAGAUGGGAUCUGAGCCUUGGAAAGUCAAGAGACGUGUCCCUAUGUCCUCUCCCAAAUGCAAACACACUCAUGCACGCACACAGACAUGCACAUUCAUGCGCUGCUGACCUCUGGAGCAGUCGGGCAUCACAUUGACAAGCUCGUAGAUGCCCUGCAAAGCCAUUCCCAAUCAUUCACUGCAUCUUAAUACUGUAUUCUCCCUUUAAAGACCAUGGAAGAGUAACACCACCUUCAGUUCUACUCCUAUCAUCCUCUACUUCCUCUCCACUUUGUGUUCUGACAGGUUUAACCAUCCUGGGCAUUUAAGAUCUUGCCAGUUUUAGUUUUAUACGGAGCUGUUCAGGCCUUCAAAACAUUGUGAGACAAGUCACAGUAUCUCAAAAACCUUCAUUCCUUCGGGCUGAGAUCAUCCAACCAUUUGCAACCUGUUUAGAGGCGUUUUCUGUUAGUCCUCCACAUAGGAUGUUUAUGUUAGGUGUUCGUUUUAAUGAUUUGGAGACAUUACUGAUGAAAUUUCCAACUCAAAUUUUUUUUUUUUGUCCAUAGAAGUUGACAAGCUACCUCAGUCUAACAGCGAACUUGACCAGAGGUUUUUUUUUUUUUUUUUCAAUCCCUCUUUGUUUUUCAUGUGCAGCAACACUGGAGAGGCCUCAUGCAUUGCUCUUUAUUUUGUGCUUGCCCAUUUAGGCAUCAU